AUGAGCAGUCCGCUGCAACAGCAACCGCUACAAGCGAAGGACGAUGGGACGAGCUGUCGCCGCCCGCAGGCGCUCAUCCCCACCGUUCCCGUGACGUCCACGCAAACCGGCAAGACAGCCAGGACGCAGAGAACGGUGCUGUUGAAACCUGAAGUGGGCGUGGGUCGCGGCACGCCGUCAAUUACUAACGAUACAAGGCUGAGAAACAUGCCGUCAUCUUCUCAGUAUGCGUUUCCAGGAAUUGGUGACACAAUGGCAACGACUGUGAACUCAACAACACAUACAACUAAUGCUACUGCCACAGCGACAAGUCAACCGGCAUGGGGACGUCCGAAGCUCAUGCAGGAAGUGGCAGCGCGCCUUGCGAAGGUGACGGUAGAUUGUCAAUCCAAUGUUUUUCCUGUUUUUCUCAAUGAUCCAGAGACAAGGCAGCCGUGUAUCUUUCCAGAGGAGGAAAAGGAGUUUUCCCCCGAGAGGAAACUAAUAAUGGUACCCAACAUGGGCAUUGCUGCUGGGGUAAACGCCAUGGGAGGCUAUUCUAAACGUUUUGCAAUGUCCACACUGGAGGCGACGCAGUGGAUGAAGAGAGAACGCGAGUCGAAUCGACUACUCUUCUCGUGGUGGGAGGCGCGGAAUGCGUGCCGCCAAGACGAGGCGGAGAUUGCCGCUGUUGUGGAGGAACUUCGAAGUCCACUGUGGGCUUUCUUCCGGCAGGCUCUUACUGAGGAGGAAGCGCAGUGUGUCGUGGAGCUGAUGCAGUCACAAGCUUCACCGGCGUCGGCCCCAAUGCAGUUGAGUCCAGCAACGGUAAGAACGAAAAAAAACGUCGCUAUGAAUGGCAGAGGAGAGUCUUCGUCUUCGGCAUUUCUUCUUUCAAGCUCAGAGCGUGGUAUUAUAAUGCCAUUGAAGCUCUAUGAAAGAACCUUUCGUCGCGUGCUUGGUCGUUUGCAUCAACAUUUCUUGUCGCUGCUGCGGUGUCACACGACAGGCACGACGGAAACCAUUGAACUUCCACUGGAGUCACGAGCACUAGGCACCAAGUAUGUUCGGUUCCUUUUAGAAUCCCAGUUAGAGCUGAUUGAGGCUGGAAAAAAACAUUCCAGCGAUGAUGAUUCAACGGGAUUGUGUCUGCCAGUUGUAUCUAUUCCCGAGGAACGCUGCUUUAAGCCUAUGCUCGAGGCUGAAACCGCAUUUGCUGUCACUUUGCUGUGGCGCAUCCUUGAUCAGACGAAAUCCAUGCUGCCCGGUAUGACUUGGGCACUGCAGCUUUACACUCGAUAUGUGUUGCCGCAUGUAUAUGAAAAAUUUUUCUUAUUUGAGCGGCAUUUACCGAGGACGGGGGCUUUUGGCGAACAGGUUGAGCAGCUGUAUGCCUUGCCUCUUAAUCUUGUGCGGCAACGAGCCAUGAUUGCGUCCACUAAGCAGGCAAAGGAAGACGUGAGAUAUAUGGAGAAAUUUUUAAAGAGUUGGGCGUGGCGCACGUGGCGGCGUGCUAUAGUUGUGCAGCGUCGGCGCGAGGACACAAUGGGGCUUCUGGAGAAGAAGUUGCGGCGCCUCUACAACGUGAUACGCUUGCAGAAGUCCUUUGGGGAGUGGCGCCUCGCCGCAAAGGCAGGACGAUUCGCCGCCCAGCUGGAUAUCAUCGACAUGAAGUACAAUGCAUUUUUCUCGGGGGCGCAGCACGCCGCUCGCAGCAUCUCACUUUUUCCCGGCAUGGACGAAGGGUUGGCAAACUGCCCUGCCACACUCCUCAACAAGAACAGGUUUGUCGCCCUGAAGCUUGCCGAGACGGCGCAGCACACGAAGGCAAGCAAGACGCCUGUGUCCACCGUGGCCUCAGGCUCCGCGACGCCGCAUGGGGACAAUGCGACGACAGACGAUGCGGGUGCCUCCGACGUCUCCAUAGUCAACCCACGACGGAAGUCACUUUUGAUUAAGACAGCACUCAUGGAAGCACCACUUUCGGGCUCCGCUCUGGAACCAAAGGAAGGGGUUUCUGAAAAAAAUCUAGAUCCGGAUGAAAUAGCAUUGCGGGGGACAACGUUUAUCACUUCCGUUUCGCCCGCAAGCGACGAGGACGUUGAUGCCUCCUCCUUCAAUAAACGUGCCUUUAAAACCUUUGACGCCAUGCUUAAAAAACUGCAGGAGAUGGAAACAAUCAGUGGUUACUUGCGCCAAGAGAUUGCCGUUCAGAAUCGUCUUGUGCAAAAACUGGAGCGUGAUAACAACAGCCUAAAGAGUAAAACACGCGAGCUCGAGGAGAGUCUGUUUCGCUCCGAAGAGCAGCGACUGCAGUGUUCUAAUCUUCUACAGGAGAGGGAAUUGGAUGUGCGAGAGCUGGAGCGACGCAUCACGCGGCUCAAAUCUCGAUUGCGUUGCCAGAGGCAUAGGCCAUGGCAGCGCACUGUCAUGCGGAUAGUUGGGGAUAUCUGUGGUGCUCAUACAGCUGCCUCCGAGCACGCGGAUGAGUGCCGCAUUGCUCGCAAGAUGGUGACGUCAGGGACGAGCCUCAGCAACGAUAGUGGCCCUCCUCAUAUGGGGGAAACAGCGACGGACGUUUACUACGGGUCACGCACGAGUGGAGGUGCGUCGGCACCAGGAAUUCAGAGACAAGACUACGUGGAUGAUAAUGAGGAUCAGAGCAACGACAGUGGCUCGGAGAUGCGGGCCUCUGCGGAGCUCACCACAGAGGAGCAACGACUAUUUGGAAAGAUUGCACCGAUUGUCAUUGCCUCUACGCGUGAUAUGCCUGAUGCGCAGACAAUUCUGCGUGACUGGGCAAACGGCUGUCUGGCAGAUUUGGAGUCUCUUGACGACUUGAAGGGGGGCGCCCUCUCAACUCGAUUUCAUCUGUUUUCAGAUGAGGUGCGCAACGGGGUGCUAUUUAGUCGGCUGCUCUUCUACCUGGCGCUACCACGGUACCAAAACAAAACGGCUACGGCACAUUAUGCAGGCACAGAACUCAAGCGCAAGACAUCCGAGCACCUGGGCUUCACGGAGAACCGAAGAAAUCUGUUGAUGCAGCAGAACGUUCAGCUGGAAACCCCUUUCCCGACCUACUCGGAGUGUUUUGGUGACCUGCUUAAUCUUAAGCCCUCGGGGCGUAUGUCGUUGCUGCUGCAGUUUGCAACAGAACUCAUGGAAGGAGCACAGCAGCUUGGGGAUGAGUAUAUAAGAAAGCGCAUGCUCGUUCUUCGCGAGGCUGCACUGAAAGCGACAGAUAUGGUGCCACUACCGGCCGUAGAUCGUGUGGAGUUGCUAGAAAUUGUUGACCCCUACGCCUUGUCUCGGGGAGAUCGUAGUGCAACACUCACUUUUAUUGCACUCCUGUACGUGCGUUUUUCACAUCCCUUCAACCAUAAGGCAUCUCAGAGUGCAUUGAUUGAACGAGAGGCAAUGUUGUAUCUCCUCAGUGGUGGAGCCUAUUCGCAACAAGAUCAGGACAGCAUUGCCGCGGCCUUUAAGGAAACCGCGUCCAAAGAAAAACUGCCGGCGGAAGAAGGGGAACUCUCCAUUGCACGAAAGUUUUUGGCGGAAUUGGAGGAAGAAGAUUGCACACCAUGGCAACUUUUUAUGAGUUACUGCAAGCCCCUAAUUAACACUAUGGCACAUCCUUUUAUCUUGCGUGGCAACUUUUGGCCAAACGUGGCGUUUGACUCUCCGGAACUGGCCCAAAUACUUGGAUCUCUCGGCCUUGCGCUGCAUCGCUCGCUAGAGGCCCACCGGUGGCAUAUUAUCGUUUCCUGUCUUGUGCCAGUACGAACAUAUAGUGGACUGAGUCGUGGCAUUUUUACCGGGCGUCGGGCGCAAGCUGCGGCCUUGCAGGCUGGGUUGGAGCGCGACGGUGAUUGGGUGUUUUCAAUGGAAAUUUCAUGUGUCCAGAAUAUAUUCAAGCAGCGAGAGUUGGCGGUGCGUGAGGCCAUCAAUGCAGGGACUCUGGCAAAAAACAGUACCGGGAUCGGCGAAACAUGGAACAGCGAGACUGAAUUUAUUGAGCUUGACAAGUCGUUGUUGGUGUCCGCCUUUGGAAAAUGUGGUAAUGACCUUUUACAGCUUUUCUUACAACGCGGUAGCCUUUCGGAGUCGUGUGCGAUGCCGGUCUUAGAUCUUGGCAGUUGGCGCCUUCUUUGGUUGGACCUUGGCCUCGUGAACCCGGAAAAUACGGGAAAUUCACUGCUGGAUCUGGAGCAACUAACGAGGAUAUUCUGCCUUGUUACGGAAGCAGUGAUGGGGAGUCGGAAAGAGAGACUGUUCUCUGACUUCUAUGAUGUGGGGAGCUGGCAGCAGCUUCCAACGUUUACAAGCGUGCUCUACUUCCCUGAAUUUCUUGCGGCGGUGGUGCUCCUUGCGCAUGAACUGUUCCCGCCAGUGAGUGAUGCAAUAACAUCGAAAGCAGGAUCUGUGGUGUGGCUUGCGGAUGCCCUCACACAGCUUGUCUUUAAGCACAUAGCACCGAUACUCUUGACGAAAACCGCGGAUGAUCCAUCGAGCGUUAUGCGGAGCCUCCGAUCCAACGUGAAGACUCAGCAGGUUCUCAUAUGCCAGAACAAGGCUCUGUUGGUGCUCUUUAACUCAUACUGCAAGGAGGUCUGCGGGGUAUCAGGGAUGGAACGGGAACAACUCCUGCAGAUGCUGAGGGAUGCAAUGCUAACAAGCACAGAUAUCUCACAGCAUUUGAUCUAUGAACUUUUUCUGUCUUUUAGUGUCACUAAGAAAACCAGUGAAGCAGUCACAGAAGAAAAACGGCGCGAGCAAGAUGCCCGUCCACGUGACAUGCCGGUACAACGCCGCCGCACCAACGUCAGCAUUGUUGACCCUGUACCGGAUGUUGUGUUGCCUACAGGAAAAUCGAAGGAAACCGCCGUGCUUCUCUAUGAUGGGUUCAUUGAAUUUCUUUGCGUGUUGUGUCACUUCAAACAGCCAAAUCCACUGAUACCAUUUGAUCAACGGCUGGAAACAUUUUUGCGUCGUGGCCUCCUGCGACCACUGGCCCAGCGCAAUGACGCCUUAGCUGCCAUCCUCUCAGUAGAGAAGCCAGCGUUAAGGAAGGAUGUAUAA